GAACAGAAGCGAGUUAGUCGCGAAGGUGGAACGCGCGUGUACCGUGUACCGUGUAACUUGGGUGUACCGUGUAUCGAUACAAAGAGAGAGAGAGAGAGAGAGGACAGAGAAAACAACAACGAGCAAACAGCAGAGACUUGCUUCGAAGCCGAGAAGUCGAGUCGGCGAACCGAACGCAUACCGCUCACCGAUUCCAAAGUCCGCCGGUAGGCUCAGUUGUCUCCGAACCCCCGAACAGUUCGGAUGUAGCUUCAACAUUUUCGACUUUUCAUUUUCGUAAACAACGUUCCGUGCUCGUUGUCGCGCUCGUGGUCGUGCUGAAAUUCUACACGAGUUAUUCAUUCGUCAAUAAAUCUCACGGAAACGCGGAGUGUGCUCGAAGUAACCGAUCGAAGCCGUCUUUCCAUUUGAAUUUUUUCAUUUUUCUCUCUCUCUCUAUUUCACAAUAUUCAACAAUCGUCGAAUCGCUAUUAGAAGGAAGAAGAGUGUCGAAACCGCGUACACGAAGAAAUUGGCAGAAAGUUGGAAAGCAUUGGAAACGGAAUUGAUCAGCUGGACUCUGAGAAAGGAUCGAACCGUUAAGACGUAGCAGCCACGUAGAAUGGUAGCAUCGCAACACGACGGUACCAGAAGUGUCGGCGGAGGUGGCGGAGGUGGCGGAGGUGGCGAUGGUGGAGGCGGCGGUGGCGAUGAAACGGUGUACACGGUAACCGUGAGUGGUGUCGGUUACAGAAACGAGGGUUACAAGGACGAUGGUACGGACGGUAUACCACCGGAACCGCAUAAACCACCUCAAUUAUCGUCCACCGACGACGACACUCAAUCGAGAAAGUUCAAGCUGUCCCGUAGCGAGAAAUGGCGUAUAUUAAAGAACAUUGGUACCGUGUCCAUCGCGUUUAUGGUUCAGUUCACUGCGUUUCAGGGAACAGCGAAUCUUCAGUCCUCUAUAAACGCUAGUGACGGUUUGGGUACGGUAUCCCUGUCGGCCAUAUACGCGGCGUUGGUGCUAUCAUGCAUCUUCGUACCCACGUUCGUUAUCAAGAGGCUCACCGUGAAAUGGACCCUAUGUGUGUCGAUGUUGUGUUACGCACCGUACAUUGCCUCCCAGUUCUAUCCCAAGUUUUACACAUUGGUACCAGCCGGGGUGCUCCUAGGCCUUGGCGCUGCGCCCAUGUGGGCGGCUAAGGCUACCUACCUCACUCAGGUCGGCGGUGUAUACGCGAAACUAACCGACCAACCCGUCGACGCCAUCGUCGUCAGGUUCUUCGGCUUCUUCUUCUUGGCCUGGCAGACGGCUGAACUUUGGGGGAAUCUCAUAUCUUCGCUCGUACUCAGCGAGGGUGAAUUCGGCAGCGGUAAAGGGAACAGCACCACUAAUUCGGACAAGAUCAAACUCUGCGGUGCUGAUUUCUGCGUCGUCGGGAACGGAGGCCACGACACCUUGGAACGUCCUCCUGAAUCCGAGAUCUACGAAAUUUCGGCGAUCUAUCUAACAUGUGUGAUCAUCGCGGUGAUAAUCGUCGCUCUGUUCGUCGAUCCUCUGUCCAGGUAUGGUGAGAAGCAACGAAAGGUUGAUAGUCAAGAACUGAGUGGUAUACAGUUGCUUUCUGCAACAGCUUAUCAGCUGAAGAAACCGUAUCAGCAGCUUCUCAUACCGAUCACAGUAUGGAUAGGAAUGGAACAGGCGUUCAUCGGAGCAGACUUUACACAAGCAUACAUCUCGUGUGCAUUAGGCGUGCACAAAGUAGGCUACGUAAUGAUCUGUUUCGGUGUCGUGAACGCCGCCUGUUCCCUGCUCUUUGGCUCUCUGAUGAAAUUCGUCGGCAGACAGCCGCUUAUGGUGCUAGGUGCAAUCGUCCACGUUAGUCUUGUCGUCGUGCUACUCCACUGGAAGCCGAACCCUGAAAACCCUUACGUUUUCUACACGGUUUCCGGAUUGUGGGGAGUCGGUGAUGCCGUAUGGCAAACACAAGUUAACGGUCUCUACGGUACGCUGUUCAGGCGUAACAAGGAAGCCGCGUUUUCGAACUACAGAUUAUGGGAGAGUGCAGGUUUCGUGAUAGCGUACGCUUACAGCACCCACCUGUGCGCCCGUAUGAAGCUGUACGUGAUGUUAACGGUGUUACUUAUCGGCACGAUCGGCUACAUCAUAGUCGAGCUGUUGCACAGGCGUAAACAGAAAAGGCUGAAGGCUAUCGCGGAGGAUCCGAAGGCGGCCCAAGCGGAGGCUAACCAAGUGGAAGAGACGGACGAUGAAAAGGACGAUAUCGACGACGAUAUCAUUAUCACUCAUCUUUGAACAACCGCUCAGUGUUUGGGCUUGAUCGACUCUUUACCAUUUGCUUAAUUUUUUUUUUUUUUUCAUUCAUCCUUAUCGCUUCGCUAUAAUAACGAGCACGGGAAGCUUUCCAUGGCGACGUAUCGGCUCUCCGAAUGCGUUCAAGAACAAUGGAGAUAUCCGUAUGGCAAGCAAAUUACGUGUUCGUCUAUUAUCGUUCAAUUUUUCGAAGCAUAAGGACGAUCUUGACCGAGAAUUUUGUCGAACAUCAAUCGUUCGACGGGUCACGUAUCCGAGUAAUACUUGAAAAGUUUAAGUACAUUUUUAAUUUUCAAUUUUCCACGUUGGAUAUACAACGUUCUUUCUCCUCCUUUCUUCUCUGUUUCAUUUUCAUCAAGGGAACGUACUGUUUCUGUUUUUGAAACGUUGACAAAGAUAACUGUUCUUUUCUUUUUUCUUUUGUGGAAAAGGACCCGUGACAGAUUUAUAGGUCAUGGAAACACCGUGUUAGUGUGUUAGCUUCAUCUGAUUUCAUAGCCUCCAUUAUUAAUCGAAUUACUUGCCUUCAGGGUGCUAGAAGCGCGUCCCGACUCCGCGCACUCCUCCUUCCGCGUUUUCAUUCGAAGCUUUGGGAGAUGGAAUAGCGCGAAAAGAGUAAGAAAUUAAGAAAAGAAUUCAACAUCGGUAACAUCUUCAUUUUACCACUAGGUGGAAGCGCUUCGUAGCAACUUGCCAUUAAGUUUCUUCGUUUUCUUUUUCUUUUUAAUCGGCAUUAUCUGUCCCAGUUGUUGUGAUAAAGAUCGGAACUUCCAAAAGGACGAUUCGAUCGUGAAUCCGCUUAUUUUGUACAUAUAUAUACACACGGAUUAGCAAUUGUAUAUGAAGAGAAAUGGAUGUUCCAUGAAUGGACGUGAUAAAGCUUCUUUUUUUUUUGUAUCCUGACCAUGGAUGCAGUCAGAGAUCGAUAAACGAGCUUGUCAAACGAAUCAAAUUUCGAGCAUUAAGAGAGAACCGAUCAGACAUUGAUAGAUUUCAUAGUAAAUCGACAGACUCGAGGCGAGUAUUCUUUUUUAAAAUUUCUCUUUUCUUUCCGGAGGAAGCUGAAACAGGCUGGGUCUGUUGUGAUCGUGCAUCGUUUUAUCCGACUAAUACAAUGAAGCAAACGCAAUGGAAUUGUUCUUAACAUUAUUGUCACGCUCUAAAUUGGAAUUACGAAUCGUCGCGAUUCCUGUUGUAAGCGUGCACGUGUAUCAUUGAAAAGAUCUUCAUCAUUAGAAAGAGUAUAUCGAAGGUUAAUGACUUUUAGUGGUAGACGUUUAAGGAUCAUCAUUGUAGUCGAUAAUUUAACGUUUAAGUACACGACAGAAAUGAACAUGUUCUUUUUUUUUUUUAUAGUAUCACACUGUGUCUGUUACAUUGAAAGGUAAAAAUAAUAGGAGAGUAGACAAUGUUUGACUUAUUAGUGGAGAGAUCAUUCGAGAAAUCGGUUGUUGUGCUGUUGAAUUUGGAUAGAAAGAAGUCGAUGAAUCCCGCGGUGGAAAACGUAUGGGUAUUCGUUCUAUCCCGAUCACAUUGAAUCAGUAUUUGUUACACAAAUCGAAUUACUAUUAUUAUGCGUUAGUUUUUAUUAUGUAUGAUGAACAUACUGACCUACUGUAUUGUAAUAGCCUCUCUUUCUCUCAACAGUAUGUAAUUCCGUCCACCAAUCGAUAAGAUUGCUCAAGAAUCUUUUAACAUAAGAUUAGAGUACCAAUAAAACGUAUGUCGCACUUACAUUUCAUUUUUUUUUUAUAUAUAGAUAUACAUAUAUAUGUUACCAUCUCGAUGGAACAAUAGACGGUUCUCAAUUUUUUCUUUUUAUUUUAUUCAAAAUAAGAGAUAAAAAUUUGAACAUAAUUUCAGGAAAUCUGUGUCUUCCAUCGAAUGGCACGAUUUCUUCUGUUUUUCUCUUUCUAUUUCUUUUUUUUGUCAAUAGUUCAGUAGAAUUAGAUAGACGGACCAGAGAGAUAUAUAUUUUUUUUUAAUGCCUUAACGACAUAUAUUUGUAUAAAAAAAAAAAUAAAUAAACAGAGGAUGGAAUAUUUAAGAAAACUAUGUUAAGAAUACUCGUUCACAAAUGUAUAGAAAAUAUUCACGCGUAUCGUGUUAAUUCUUCUUCCUUUUUCGUUGAUAAAAAACCGAAUGUAAUGUUUCAUUAGAGAAUCUGUGUAACGGAGGAUCCAUCUUCGUUGUUAUUUGUUAUUUGUAAUAUCUUCUAAUGCGAAUACGAAUAAAUCGAGUAACGAUAAAUA